UCGAUCUUUGAGUUCUGAACACACCCUGCCAUUGCCACCUUUCACAAAACAAGAAGCUGCUAUAUAUCUAGCUAGGGAAAGUUGAAACAAGGAACAGUUUGGUCGAUCGCCAUGGCUUUCUGUGGUGGUUUCAUGGACAAGGCCAAGCCAUACAUCGCCAUGAUCUCCCUACAGUUUGGCUACGCCGGCAUGAACGUCCUUACCAAGGUCUCUCUCAACGGCGGGAUGAGCCACUACGUGCUCGUCGUGUACCGACACGCCUUCGCCACACUCGCCAUUGCACCCUUCGCUCUCUUCAUCGAGAGGAAAGUGAGGCCGAAGAUGACGUGGUCCAUCUUCUUCCAAAUCUUCGUCCUUGCGCUGCUCGGACCGGUGAUCGAUCAGAAUUUCUACUACGUGGGGCUGAAGUACACCGGCCCGACGUUCGCCUGCGCGAUGAGCAACAUCCUGCCGGCGAUGACCUUCGUCAUGGCGGUGAUCUUCAGGAUGGAGAAGAUAGAGUUGAAGAAGGUGCGGUGCCAGGCCAAGAUCUUCGGAACGGUGGUGACGGUGGCCGGCGCUAUGCUCAUGACGCUUUACAAGGGGCCCCUCAUGCACCUGCCAUGGACCAACGGCCACGCGCAGCCCAGCGGCGGCGAGGCCCCGGGUGCCGCCGGCGUCGACCCCACCGCGAGGGAGUGGUUCCUGGGCUCCCUCUUCAUCAUCAUCGCCACCCUCGCCUGGGCCUCGCUCUUCAUCCUGCAGACCCACACCAUCAAGAAGUACACUGCCCAGCUCUCCCUCACCACCCUCAUCUGCUUCAUCGGCACCAUCCAGGCCAUCGCCGUAACCUUCAUCAUGGAGCGCCGCGUCUCCGUCUGGACCAUCGGCUUCGACAUGAACCUCCUCGCCGCCGCCUACGCAGGCAUCGUGACGUCGAGCAUCGCGUACUACGUGCAGGGGCUGGUGAUCCAGAAGACGGGGCCGGUGUUCGCGUCGGCGUUCAGCCCGCUGAUGAUGAUCAUCGUGGCCGUCAUGGGGUCCUUCAUCCUGUCCGAGAAGAUAUACCUCGGGGCCGUGCUGGGCGCCGUGGUGAUCGUGGUCGGGCUCUACGCCGUGCUCUGGGGCAAGCACAAGGAGACGCAGGAGCAGGAGGCGGACGCCAAGGCGGCGCUGCCGGUGGCCUCCAAGGGACCAGACGGCGCGAGCGUCCUGCAAGGAGCUGCUGCCGCCGCCGGAGAUGAUGAUGGGAUGAGGUCGGCCUCCAACGGACGUGGAGCUGGGUCAGCCAGUGCAGUUUGAUGGACUGGGAACUCCAAUAAUCUGUGCCCUUGACAUGAGAAGACGUAGGUCGUCGUCGUCCACGACGCACGCACUACGGCCCCGUCGGAAUGGAGGUUUUCUGCUAGGAAUCUCGUGCUGUUGUCCGUGAAAUUUCUGCUUUCCAAGCACACGACCCACCAGCAUUAGCCGCCAGAAGGGCUAGUGGCUCGAAUUUUUGUUUUACGAUGUGUGAUUGAUCGAUAUGCUACACUUAUUUGUCAUUAGUACUGCUACAUCUCUGUCCAUCUCGGAGAGUGAUGUGAUUUGCCUUUCCACUUUACUUGUCUAUAAUAUUAUAAGUGCAUCAAUGUUAUG